AGUUCGAAUGACACUUAUUGGACAGUACUAUAGGUACUUUAAAUACAAUGCAAGGUCAUAAUUGUUCUUUUUUUGAUUAUUUUUUAUCGGGUUUGUUAAUAUUGUCAUGAAUUGUUCAUGAAGGAAUAAAUUUAUUAUUAUCAUGAUAAGUUUUCGACGAGAAUGCGAAAUUAAGUUUGACUAAAAUUUGGACUUUAUGGUGAGCUGUUUAAGUUAAAGAGUAGGUAUUAAAGAUUGCUCUUUUCAGACACGAAAUUAACUUUAUGUAGAAUAAUUUAUAAGUACCAAAGUGAAUUUUAAACGGGUUACAAAUGCAAAUUACGAUGACAGAUCUAUGUUAUCGGGUGUUUUACUAACGUAUAAGAUGAAAGUAGGUUUGAGUCAAGAACUUCUAUUUAUUAGAUUAUUAUGACUGUAAUAUGAACAAAACUCAUAAUGAUCAAAUUGAAUGUUAUUUUUCUGCACACAAAAUGUCAAAAGGAAGGAAAUAAUUCACUAAAUAAAUAAAAGGAGCCCCAGAUAACAUUCCUAGAGCAUUUCAAUGUUAACUAGUUUCAUAGGACCAUGUGGAACAAGAAAACUGCAAUUUGUCUUUUGUUAUUAAUAUAAAGUUUAAACGACUUAAUGACAACAUUAUUGUUCUUGAGCUUUCAAAGAGUAAGUUGAAACUUAAUCUGGCAGAUUUUAUUCAUAGAAAUUUUAUAGCACAACAAAGGCUUGAAUCUUUUCAGUAGUUUUGAUAGUUAACCAUUUGAAAUUUGAGAUUUUUUAAUUUUGAUUAAACUUCUAUUUAAUUUGUCAUUAAUUUGACGAAAAUAGCUUGGCAUUUACAUAGUAUUUUUGGGGAUUCUGUACCUCGAAAGGAAAAAACGAAACUCUUAUAGGAUCACUUUGUUGACCGUCUGCGUCGAGGUAUCAAGCUGAAAAUUAUAUCAAAUACUCAGGUCUACUGCCCCUUGGAGCUGUGAAAAAAUCAAACUUCUAAGCCAAUCAAAAGAAACAGUCGUUUAUGCCGCAAGUUUUCGAAAUUCGCAAGUUAAUCAAAACCUACAGUUGGUACGAAGCAACGUCUUAUAGCACAGAUAAAGGAAAAAUUGCAAAAACGUAAAUUUUUAAUUAUAUCGUAUAAAAAUGUUUUUAAUAAAUACCUACUACUAACCACCUACAGGUUUCUACGUGACCCUCUCGGUGCACGAGUCCGACUCGUAUUCAACCGGUUAAGUUAUAAUUAUCACUUUUGUUAUAAGUAGAAUAGACCAUGGCAAUGCGAAAGAUUUUAUAUAAGUAUAACUUAAAAUGCUUAAUUAAUUAGCAAUGUCAGAAGUUCGAUUUACAGCCGGUGUGAUAAUCGUUAGAUAAAAGUUACCUAUUUGUAUUAGUGAUAAGUGAUAACAAAACUAUAAUGUCUUGAUGUACACACGUGAAAUAUCUAAUCACAAGAUCGGUUUGCUUGGAUAAUAUUCGUACCUAGUGCAUGGUCUCCAUGCGGGGUAGGUGUAAAGUAGAGCGCAAACAGGUCGUCGACGGAGGUGGUAGGGGCAGUGUGCGCGGGCGGCUGCGCGUACGGCUGGGGCUGCGCGAGUGGCGGUGGCGGGCCUCCGUAAUGCAGCCCGCUCGGCCCCGCCUCCACCAGCAGCUGCAUCUGUGAUAUAUCCACGAACUCGUCGCCGUCGCCGCGACCGCCCAGCUCCUCGUCCUCCGGGCGACGCAUUGCAAUCACCGAGAGCAUCGCACGAGCGCAUCCCCGCACCGUAAACACCACACCAGCGUGUGCGGCAGCGCACGCACACUCACAUCCACUUCACGCUUCCACGUCACGCACGGCUCCACGGUGCACGGUGGCGCGUGCGCCGCUUUCUACUUAAACAGUAGCCUAACUAACUUAUGUCCUAACGAAAUUGACGCGAUCACAGAAUAUUACAUUUAGGAAAUUACGUAUACACGGCACGGUAAUCACUCGAAGGCUCACGAGUAUCUACUGAUAAAUGAACACAGAUUUUGCACGCGGUGAGUGUCGUCGCGCGGAGAACGCCACAUCCUCGACUGAGGCGCGCUCGAGCGGCGAGGGCGUGCAGCGAGCCGCCCCCGUGCGAGCGCCGCGGCCGGUCGUCGCCCGUCGCGCGCCCUAUCAAUGGACGCCAGCCACCCGGUCGAGGUCGGCGUUCAUUCACGACGGCCGCGUUAAUGGCGUUCGAGUCGAGCGCCGUCGUUCGGCCGGUGGCAGCGGCGGCGUCGCCCACAUGCGCGAGAAAAUGGCGCGGCGUCGCGACGGUAAAGGGAGGCGCGCGAAAAGCGCGGGGCGCACAAGUGUAGUGAUGGCGGUGCGGCGGGCGGCGUGA